GAAGAAGAAAAAAGUAGAAAAACAUCAACAGACAUUUCCCCUUUUUAGUUUUAGGGUUUACAUUUUUCAGGGAUAAGCUAAACCUUGACCGAGCUUCGACUAUUCAAGGUUGCUUCUGUCUUACGCCUUCGGAGAGAUCUCCGACCAAGUAUUGAAGUGGGCUCGGUUGAAAUGCAAAAGUCUUCGUGAAUGAGGAGCCUUUUGAUGUUAAAGGGUAUUAUGGUAGCUGGAGAAAUUCUGUGCCUGAUUUGCGGUAUUUAUAGGUUUUUUGACAUUAGUGUUUUCUCUGAAGGAAGCGUAUUCAACUACUCCCUUCAUUGGAAAUAGAUAUGCUACCAACUGGAGCAAAAGAUUCCCAACUCCGUGAGAGCAACAGCCAGAAGGUCCACCCACAACCCAUGGAAGAGGCCAUGAAUCAGAAUCCUGAAGCUGUGGAAGCCCUGAUAUCCAAGCUUUUUACAAACAUCUCCUCCCUGAAAUCUGCUUACAUCCAGCUUCAAGCAGCACAUACUCCCUAUGACCCUGAUAAAAUCCAAGCUGCUGAUAAACUUGUAAUUGCUGAGCUGAAGAACCUAUCUGAACUCAAGCACUUUUACAGGGAGAAAAACCCCAAACCAGUAUGUGUUUCUCCACAGGACUCUCGCUUAGCUGAAGAGAUCCAAGAACAACAGAGUCUGCUGAAGACCUACGAAGUUAUGGUGAAGAAAUUUCAGUCUGAAAUUCAAAAUAAAGAUUCUGAGGUUUAUCAGUUGCAGCAGCAGAUUGAGGAGGCGAACCAGCGGCGGGCAAAACUGGAAAAGAAUCUUAAGCUUAGGGGCUUGUCAACAAAAGAAUCAGAAAGUUCCACAGAUGAAAAUGGAUUUUUCCCUGUAGAUCUAACCCCUGAUCUAUUUACAUCUGCUGUAGAAGCUUCUUUCAAAGCCAUUCAUGAUUUUUCUAAGCCAUUGAUCAACAUGAUGAAAGCAGCUGGUUGGGAUCUUGAUGCUGCAGCGGGAUCGAUUGAACCUAAUGUCCUUUAUGCAAAAAGAGCUCAUAAAAAAUAUGCAUUUGAGUCCCAUAUAUGCCAAAGAAUGUUCAGUGGGUUUCAGCAGGAAAACUUCUCCGUCAAAUCAGACAAUCUUAAGGUCUCUAAAGAGAGCUUCUUCCACCAAUUUCUUGCUCUGAGGGAGAUGGAUCCAUUGGACAUGCUAGGCCAAAAUCCAGAUUCAAUUUUUGGGAAAUUUUGCAGGAGCAAGUACCUAGUUGUGGUUCAUCCAAAGAUGGAAGCUUCGUUCUUUGGAAAUUUAGACCAACGAAAUCAUAUAAUGGGGGGUGGGCAUCCAAGGACCCCUUUUUACCAGGCUUUUCUAAAACUGGCCAAGUCAAUCUGGCUUUUGCAUAGGCUGGCUUAUUCUUUCGAACCCAAUGUGAAUAUCUUUCAGGUUAAGAGAGGGACCGAGUUCUCCGAGGUUUAUAUGGAUAGUGUGGUGAAGAAUUUGAUGGUGGAUGAAAGUGAUCAAAAGCCCAAGGUUGGACUAAUGGUUAUGCCUGGUUUUUCUUUUGGGGGCAGUGUGAUUCAAAGUCGAGUUUAUCUCUCCGGCAUGAAGGCUGCUGAAUGACUCCCCAUGUCUAUGUAUGUGGUGUGUUUGGUAUGGUUCUUUGCUUUUCCUAUAUUAUAUUGUGUUUCUGUAUCUUAUGUAGUUGUAAUAACUGCUUGGUAGGAUGAAAAAUCUGUUUAAUUUCCUGUCCAAGGUCUCUGUGUGUGUGCGGGUGUUGGUGUGUCGGGUUUGGGUUGGGUGGGGGAUGCGUGUCUUAAUAAACGGUGAAGAUGGGGAUGAUUGGAAGAGAACUCCAGUUAUUCUUUUACCGGAGGCAAGCCAAACUCGUUCUACUAUAUUUACGCCCCAAUCCACAUUUGAAAAGAAAACUGUGUUGAUGUA